AUGACUUUACUUCCAUCCUUGACCUUACUAUACUAUGUCUUUGUACCCAUCGCGUCGUCUCUCAUGGUUCUCGUUCUCGGGAUCGUUGGACUUCAGCUUGCUCGUGUCUACCUGGCUCCAAUUCCUGCAAAUCUACCAUGGGCUGGUCUCAAAGGCGACCGGUUCCUGCCCAAACUCAGAGCUACAUUGAGAGAGCUUUCUGUCAAGCGUGUGGUCAUCGAGGAAGGCUACGAGAAGUACAGCAAACACGAGAAGCCUUUCGUGCUUCCGUCAUUACAUUGGCCAAUUGUUGUCCUCCCUGCGUCCAAGACACGGUGGAUAAUCUCUCAGCCAGAUAGUGUCCUCAGCACGAUUGCUAUUCACGACGAUCUCACUGGGCCGCAGUACUUUGGCCAUGGACCAGACGCAGCAGCUUGCCACGACUUCAGUAUAAUCACUCGAGACCUGACGAGAAACAUUGGCAAGCUCACUUCCGUUCUGCUCAAAGAAAUUCAAGAUAGUUGUCGAAGACAACUUGACAGCGAUGAAUGGAGCGAAGUCGAGCCGGCCAGUGUGAUGAAGAAAGUUGCCGGCGAAUCAGUGAGUAGGGCUGUUGUCGGCAAGGAGUUAGCCCAUCACGAGCUAUACUUGGAGAGACUGCAUGCUUGGGAGUAUGGCUUCGGCUACUGUGGACUGAUCUUUGGUCAGUUAUGUCCAAGGUGGUUGAAGCCUCUCGCUGGGAGAGUGCUCAUGCUGCCUGUGAUGCUCUUGAAAUGGAGGGUUGGACUUUUGGUCUAUCCUAAAUUAAAGCAGAGGAUAAGCCGCCUGAGGGAGUCGGACGACACAGCUGCUGAAAAUGAUUUGAUGCAAUGGGUUAUCGAAAGUGCUGAGCGAGACCCGGAUCCUAGAGCAAGGAACUUGGACAACAUUCUCGGUCGGACGAUGAUGUACAACAUGUUUGCGCAGCACACGACACAGCACACCGCUGCUACGGUUCUCUUCGAUCUGCUCUCAUACCCUUCUGGCCACGAAGUCCUCCCAGCGCUCAUUGAGGAAGCCAAAGCCAUCCUACCCAAGCUAGGUGACGACCCAUACGCCACACGGGACAUGGUCAAGCUCGACUCAACAAUCCGCGAAAGCAUGCGGCUGAAUCCCAUGUUCGCGAAAGGAAUUCCCAAGGAGGUUGUGAAGCCAGGAGGAUUGACUACACCAGACGGGCUGUUCUUACCCCAAGGAUGCCACGUUUCUACCGCGAGUGCCAGUUUCACUAUGCGGGACGCCGAGUUUUACGAAGAUGGGAACGAGUUCAAGCCGCUGCGGUUCUGUGAAGUGGCAGUCGAAUUGGGAACGAAGCAGAAAGCUGCCUCACAGGUUGACGAGCAAUUCUUGGCCUUUUCGCUUGGAAAGCAUGCAUGCCCAGGCAGAUUCUUUGCCGCUCACAUGCUGAAGCUCAUGCUUGGCCAUGUCUUGGUCAACUACGAGUUUGAAAUGCUCCAGGAAAGGCCGGAGUUCGUCACUUUUGGCGAUCUGACUAUGCCGCCGUCGACGAAGGUGAAAGUUCGGAGGAGGAGGUCCCAGAUGUAG